CAAAGCGCAGAAAGCGAGAAGAUUAGCUCAAAGCGUCAGUGUUGGCCGAAUUUCAGACGCGUCGAUCGCCAUUGGAAUACGACGGAGCAGAAAUAUAUGACAAUGGAACCCGCAGCAGAGCCUGGUCAUCGUGAUGCCGCCAAAGCGGAAGAUUACCUUUUCGUGGUUCGUCGAGAUUUGAAUUGUGACCAAACCCCCGUUAAAACCACUGUAGAAAUCAGGGAUAGCUUUCUCAGACAAUGCCUCCAGAACAUCAUGGGAAAUAUCUCUGGCAUCAACUUUGCCGAGGAAAAUCCUGUAUUUGAUCCAAAGACUUUAUUUCUCUACUUGGAUGAUAUCAGAAGCCAUCACGAAUUGGUGCAAGCCAGACUCUAUAACACACAAGGGUAUUGGCCGAAGAAAAGGUGGCAUGAGAUUUUCGAACAGACGAGAUGUUUAGGAAUUCUUAUCGAAUACCUGGAACAAGACUUCGCAGAAGCCAAGAAGAACCUCGAUUCAAUGCUGAGCAAAGGAGUCAUAACGUUUGACUUAUCGUGGGCACUCUGGAAGCCCUCUACGCUGAUAUAUUCGCCCACCUAUCAGUACCAUGACGUUCCCAGUGUGUCUGUAGUGAGUUGCACAGACAAACGGAAGAACCGGCCUGCAGCAGACUCUAAAUAUUCUGUGGACUCUAUAUUUGUCGACUUUGACGGCAAGUCACUUGCCUACAAGCCAUUGAGGAGAGAGGUACAGCAUUUCCAUGGCGCCAUCAACAUCACCAGCCUUCCGUUUUACCCACUUCAAUACCACAAAGACGAAGCCCAAAUUCGCCAUUUAUUAAUUGAACGAGGAGCCAAAUUUGUAUCCCUUCAAGGAAUACACCACAAAUCAUUUACAGGCAUCGCGUUCCAGCUAGUUCAAGGCAAGAAGGAGAUGAUGCCAGAUCUACGCAAGGAACAGAGCAGGAUAAUGGUAGAUCCUGUGGGCUUUCGAAAAAUACAUCCAGAGUUUUUCAGAACAAGAGAUUUACCAAAUCAAUAUACGAAUGAUGACAAAACUUUCAACAAUGGUGUCCAGCCCCAGAGUCUCAUGGACAUGCCAUCUAUUAAAACGGCUGAAGAUGAUCAGCCUAACCUUGGAAGCGAUGUGAAAAUCAGCAGCGACUCACCCAGCAGCUCAAAUACAUCACCAAAGAGGGAAUACAUCGAAAAAGUAAAAGUAGAGAUGGCCAAGGACAACCUUUUACUUAUAUGUUCCCCCGUUGUAGUGGGAUGUUGUCUUGCGAGCUUGGAAUGGCUCGAGUUUGAUGUGCGUGGAAUCGAAGACGUCAAGUGGAAUGAUGAAGCAUGGGAUUCUCUUGUGCUUGAUGAGAAGAUGAAAGAGUUGAUAAAGGCGUCCGUGGCGUCUCGCGUAUUUAAUCCGGCAUUUGGCAUCGAUAACAAAUUGCUGGCGAAGAGGAGAGGGUUGACCAUCGUGCUACAUGGCCCUCCGGGGACUGGAAAGACACUUACAGUGACAGGGCUAAGCGACCAUCUAAGGCGUCCUUUGUUGAUGCUGCCAGCUAGAGAGCUCAUAGGAUGCUGUGCUGUUUCGGUCAAUUCCGUACUAGAUAAGCUCCUGACUACUUGCCAGAGCUGGAAUGCCAUUGUAGUCUUUGAUGAUGCCCAAAUAUUGCUAGAAAAAUACGACUGCCUUGACGCUGAGCGGAAUAAUUUAGUAGCCACCGUUUCACGGCAACUGGAGUCUUUUCAAGGCAUCCUCUUCUUAACGUGCGAUACCAUCCAGGUAUUCGAGAAAGCAUAUCAGUCGCGGAUCGACUUUGUCCAAAAGUUUGAAACGCCAGACAGAAAAGGUAAACGCAUCAUCCUCGAGCGAGCCAUUCGCCGAGUUACGGCCCAGGGUCUUUGGAAAACCGAGGCAUUUAGCGAUGAGGACUAUGAGAAACUCGCGGAGAACAAUCUCAGCGGCCGCGAGGUUGAGAGGGCAGUUGAACUGGCCCUAAGUUUGGCAGAGGUGAGAAAGGAGGCGCUCGGGGUACGGCAUUUGCAGGAUGUCAUGGACAUGCAAGAAAAGUUU